AUGAGAUCGCCUAUAGAAAGCGACCCUAUGUAUUAUAAUCCAGUUUCAGAUAAUAGGAAUGGUUUAGACUUUACUUGCUCGGAUAGUUAUUACCAGAAUUCUAUGUAUCGGCCCCCAUCAAGCACAUUAUCAGUGUUUCCAAAUCAGGGCGGUUUAAGUGACAUGCCUAUGAGUAUUCCACCUGUUUCUCGGGUUCCGAAUUCGUUUAUGAACCCAUCCUACUUUGCUACGUAUCCUCCUAUCCCUAGGUAUUAUGUUCCAAGCAACGCGGCAGUGAUUGGCUCGAACUACAGCAACCCUUUUAUGACAGUCCCUAAAAGUUCCACUCCCAUGUCCUCUCAUUCGGAUUCUUUCGUUCCCAAUCCGAAGCAUCCGGAUCUUGAUUGUACUUUGGAUAUUGACAAAGUCCGACGUCAUGAGGAUAAGCGCACCACGUUGAUGAUCCGAAACAUUCCGAACUGCUACUCACGCAAGACAUUCGUUCAGAUCAUUGAUGAGAAGUGCAAGGAUAUGUAUGAUUUCCUUUAUCUGCCAAUAGACCAGAAAACAAAGUGUAACAUGGGCUAUGGCUAUGUGAAUAUGGUGGAUCUGGACGCAGUAUGCGUUUUGUAUGAUAAUUAUAACAAUUGUCGUUGGCCGCAUACUCGGAGUAAGAAGGUCUGUCAGAUCUGUUACGGACGUUUGCAGAGUGAUUCUAAGGAUCUGAUUGACUACUGUAGCGAAUGGUCUGUGAUGACGUCGGAAGAGGAGUUUCACCCACUUUUCUUUAAGCUAGAAAUAACGAAUGAUAAUGGGAAACCUACAAGAAGGAUGGUCCGCUAUAAGCCACCAAUUGACUUUUCUAUGCGUAAAAACUAAUAUUUUACCCUUUUGCAUUCUUUUCGUCUUUUGAG